GUCUGAAUCACGAACAGAACUUGCAAAAAAUGAGGUUGCUAUCUUUUAUGCAACUUGCAGAAAGUAAUCCAGAAAUUUCAUUUGAUAUUAUUGAAAAGGAACUCCAAAUUGAAGCUGAUGAUGUUGAAAAUUUCAUUAUUGAGGUACUGAAAACGAAAUUAGUUAGAGCCCGAAUGGACCAAGCAGCAAAAAAAGUUUUCGUAUCCAGUACCAUGCACAGAACUUUCGGCAGGGCCCAAUGGCAACAACUGCGUGAUUUACUCCACUCAUGGAGGUUUAAUCUGAGUUCUGUGCAGGAAGGUAUGAAGAGUAUCACAGCGGCCCAGCAGGAGUUAGUAUCUAAUAAUUGAAUACUUCAUUGGAUAAUGAAAUAAAAAAAACUUCUUUAUA